UUUGAGCUAGUAGGAUCACACGCCUCACUUAUGGCGGGGUAUCUCGCCCCGCAAAGGUACUCGACCGAUCAAGCCAUUUGUUCUCAAAGUCAUCAGGAUCCCCAAACUUCCUAGAAGAUGACAACGGAAGUCUCUUUUACAGAACUGAGCUGGUCAUGUUUCCGUUUGGCCGGUGCUAGACCUACCGAUCAUGGCCAAAAUAUUGCCACCCCACAACAAGCCACCAACGCCGCCUGCUGAUUCAUCUCUAGCAGUCACAGACUCAUUAUCGGCACUAUUAGGUGUUAGUCUUUUACCUAUCGGGACCCGAGGCACUGUUUGCUCGGAGGACUUUCAGAGAUGGCGGCCUCGGUAUCACCUGAUGGCAGUUCGGGGCUGGAUGAAUGACCCUUGCGGUCUGGGCUACAAUCCGGCCUCGCGACUUUAUCACAUUGCCUUCAAGUGGAACGCAAACGGCAAUGAUUGGGGUAACAUAUCUUGGGGCUCUGCAACAUCAAGCGACCUCGUCAAAUGGGACGUCUCGUUGACUCCAUACCUCGAGCUAGGCACGCAGUAUGAUCGAUGCGGUGUUUUCUCUGGUUGUCUUGUCCAGCCAGGUGUUACGGGGAAGGAUGACGGAAUGCUAACAUACUUCUACACGUCCGCCAGCGACUCCCCGAUCCACUAUACACUACCAUAUGUAUAUGGCAGCGAAUCUCUUAGCACUGCGACCUCCAAGGAUAGUGGCAAGACUUGGCAAAAGCACCACAACAAUCCUUUGCUUCCAGGUCCGCCCCCAGGGAUCACAGUCACAGGGUGGCGCGACCCCUACGUCUCUAGUUGGCCUGCACUGAGCGAGUCCCUGGGCAUUGCUGCAGACAGCGUCCUCUUUGGAUGCAUCUCGGGUGGCAUCAAGGGUAAAGGUCCCACCGCAUUCUUGUACUCCAUCGACGGUAAUUGAAUAUGCGCCGCAAUUGAGAAUUCAGGUGCUGAGACCAAUCAAACCCGUAUUAUCCCCCAGUUUAGAAAGCGCUGUCGGGAUGAAAAGAUGUGCAGCCGGAAAUUCGGGUAUUUAAAGGUCGCGCGCCGUUUAUAUCUAAUUCUACUUCCAACAAAACGGUAUGGUAAGGAGGAAGACGACACAAAAGAAGAUAAACGAAGAACAGCGGAUCUCGAUUUAACUACAGCGGUUUGGACGAUGCUUGAAAAAUGCACCGAUGCACCGUCUUACAGAACGAUUAAGGCAUAAUCUGUAGCAAGGAUAGUUCAAUGACGCUCAGGGUUGG